AUGAAGGGCUUGAGUUUCAGGGGUUUCACAUACAUGCUUCUCAUUGCAUUUCUCAUUUGGUCUUGCAAUUUUGAAGCCUGCAUUGCAAGAAGAGGUAAGCAUUGGAGUCAAAGCAGAGAUGUCUCAGUUUCUCAGUUUAAGAAGAAAGGAAAAACUUAUAGCAAUGGUCACCACAACAAAUACCAUGGUGGAGGAUCAAAACCAAAACCUCCAUCUCAUAAAACCACCCCAACAUUACCAAAGCCUCCACCAUAUAAAAGCACUCCCUCACCACCACCAAAUGAUGAUACCCCCCUAACUCCCCCACCAAAAGCUUACAAUGGUGGACAUUCUUCCACCUUUAAUGUGCUAGAUUUUGGAGCCAAGGGAGAUGGAAAAACUGAUGACACAAAGGCCUUUCAAGCUGCAUGGGCUGAAGCUUGUAAGGUAGAGGCAUCAACCAUGGUCAUCCCAGCAGAAUACGUCUUCUUGGUGGGGCCCAUUUCAUUCUCGGGCCCAUAUUGUAAACCCAACAUCAUUUUCCAGGUAAAUUCAGUUGUGAGUGAUGUUAAUAAGGUUAUAUUAUGUCAGCUUGAUGGCACCAUUGUUGCACCAACAAGUCCCAAUGUUUGGAGCAGAGGACUACUACAGUGGUUGGAAUUUACUAAGCUUGUGGGUAUCACCAUUCAAGGUAAAGGUGUCGUUGAUGGAAGAGGUUCAGUGUGGUGGCAAGAUCAUCCAUAUGAUAAUCCCAUAGAUGAUGAAGAAAAGCUCAUAGUCCCUUUAAACCACUCAGUAGGGAGACCCCCAAUGCCGAUUCAAAGUGAGAUGGGAGGAAAAAUGCCAUUCGUCAAGCCAACUGCACUGCGGUUCUAUGGGAGUUUUAAUCCAACAGUCACAGGCAUAACAAUUCAAAAUAGUCCACAAUGCCACCUCAAGUUUGACAACUGUAAUGGGGUUCUGGUCCAUGAUUUGAGCAUAUCAUCUCCUGGUGACAGUCCUAAUACAGAUGGAAUUCACCUUCAGAACUCCAAAGAUGUAUUGAUAUAUGGCAGCACUUUAGCUUGCGGAGAUGACUGUAUUUCUAUACAAACUGGAUGCUCAAACGUAUAUGUACACAAUGUCAACUGUGGACCAGGGCAUGGAAUCAGCAUUGGAGGUCUAGGAAAGGAUAACACCAGAGCCUGUGUCUCAAACAUUACUGUCAGGGAUGUCAACAUGCACAACACAAUGAAUGGUGUCAGAAUCAAAACAUGGCAGGGUGGAUCAGGCUCUGUACAAGGAGUGCUAUUCUCAAAUAUACAAGUUUCUGAAGUUCAACUCCCAAUAGUGAUUGACCAAUUCUACUGUGACAAAAGAAGCUGCCAUAACCAAACAUCAGCAGUGUCUCUGGCUGGAAUCAACUAUGAAAGGAUAAAGGGAACAUACACAGUUAAGCCAGUUCACUUUGCCUGUAGUGAUAGCCUACCUUGUGUAGACGUUUCAUUAACCACUAUUGAGUUAAAACCAAUUCAAGAACAAUACCAUCUAUAUGAUCCUUUCUGCUGGGAGACUUAUGGUGAAUUAAAAACUCCAACAGUCCCACCAAUUGCUUGUCUUCAGAUUGGGAAGCCAUCAAACAAUCGGAUUCAGACGGAUCAUGAUUUAUGUUGAUCAAUGUUAGAUAUAAAUUCAAAUGGUUAGCCAGCUAGAUAAAGUAUGUAUAUUGUAAAAAUGCUACUAUAUAGGAAAUUUUCUUCAUUAGGGUAACAGUGAUUUACCAUUGUGAGAGUAUACCGGCCCUGCUGUUUGCAAGAGGUCGAGAAUAGUAUAAU